AUGGAGAUGGACAAAAGAUCGGCGAUGUGUACAUACCGCGUACGGCCUGGCCUUUACUCAGACGUGAGUGAGGUCGUCAAGGUCUGGAAUGCUGCGUUUGCUAAAGACCAACUCAUGGAUAUUCUAUUCCCGGGUCGACAAACCCAUCCAGAGUUACUGCUAGCUCAAGUCACGCGCCUCUUCUAUUCGCGCUACUGGACUCCUAACUAUGACUUGCACGUUCUUACAUCGACGACUGACGAUAAGCCUGUGGGCCUCACUUGGUGGAAGCGACCCGACUCUCAGCUGUCAUUCUACGAACGCUGGAUAUCUCCUUCUGCCUGGGCCUCGCCCGUCAUUCACGCUUGGUACUGGCUUCGCAACAAACUCUUCCCCAUCCCGAAUCUGGAUCAGCACGCAGCUGAAACUUUUGCACGUGUCUUUACGGAUAUUGAACCCAAGCUGCGAACAACCUCGAGGCGCCGCGAUGCUUGGUACCUCUCCACGCUGGCUGUUGAACCGUCACUUCAGGGUAAUGGCUUGGGAAGCAUGCUCUUGAACCAUGGGCUGGAAAGGGUUGACAAGGCUGAGGUAGCUGCUUGGUUAAUUGGUCUUGAGGGCAUUGAUAGCUUCUAUGAACGACACGGAUUUGUGACGGUCGAGAGGGCUAAUGUGGGAGAGCUGGGGCACUGGAAUGGUGGUUCUAUCAUGUUCAGAAAAGAUACGGCAUAA